AUGUCUGAAGUACAAGGAACGGUUGAGUUUUCUGUAGAGCUUCAUAAAUUCUAUAAUGUGGAUCUUUUUCAGAGAGGGUAUUACCAGAUCCGAGUGACCUUGAAGGUGUCCUCCAGGGUCCCCCACAGACUGAGCGCCUCCGUCGUUGGGCAGACAGAGGACAGCAGCCUGCACUCGGCCUCUGCCCACGAGACCACCGUGCACAGCCGCGUCUUCCAGAUCUUGUACCGGAACGAGGAGGUGCCCAUAAGCGACGCGGCCGUCUUCCGAGCACACCUGCUCCUGGAUGGUGAACGGGUGGAAGAGGCACUGAGCGAAGUCGAUUUUCAGCUCAAGGUGGACCUGCACUUUACGGACAGUGAGCAACAGCUGCGGGGCGUGGCAGGGGCCCCCGUGAUCAGCAGCCGGACGCUCGGCCUGCACUUCCAUCCCUGCAGAGGCUUGCACCACCAGGUCCCCGUCAUGUUCGACUACUUCCACCUGUCGGUGAUCUCCGUGACCGUCCACGCCGCCCUGGUGGCUCUGCAGCAGCCCCUGAUCAGUUUCACUCGUCCGGGAAGAGGCUCCUGGCUUGGGAAGGGCAGCUCCGACUCGGGACCGGAACAGUCCAGCCUGUCCCUGGAGAGCCUGGUCUUCGGCGCUGGAUACUGCAAGCCCACGUCCUCAGAGGGGAACUUCUACGCACCCUCCGAGAACUGCAUGCAGCGCGCUUACAAGUGGCACCGGGGGCUGUGCCUCCUGCUGCUCCGUGCCUACCGGGGACUCCGCGCCUACUUCCUGCUCAUCAUGAGGGAUGUCCCCGAGCUGCCGCACCUGGAGCUGGAGUCCCUCGCUGUGGAGGCAACGCUGGCCCGGCUGUGCUCGGAGCUGCAGGUGCUGAACACUCCGGAGAGGGUGGCCGAGCAGAUAAGUAAGGACCUCGCCUGGCUGGCUUCCCACCUGAUGGCACUGUGGACCCAGUUCCUGGACACGGUGACUCUGCACUCCCAGGUGACCUCCUACCUCACGCAGGAGCACCACACCCUGAGGGUCCGAAGGUUCUCCGAGGCUUUCUUUUACAUGGAACACCAAAAACUUGCGGUCCUGACCUUCCAGGAAAAUCUGACCCAGUCCCACAGCCAGCUGUCCUUGGACAUCCGGAGCUCGGAGUACCUGAGCACCAUGCCCCCGCUGCCCGCCGAGUGCCUGGACAUCGACGGCGACGGCAGCACCCUGCCCGUCAUCUUCGAGGACAGAUACGUGGACUGCCCUGCCACAGGGCACGGUUUGAGUGUCUACUCUAAUUUCGAUGUUCCAGCAGUGAGUCCCACAGAAAUGAGUCUAAAUGACAGCGAAGGGAGCCAGACCGUCGGCAGGAUGCCACCUCUGAGGAGACGCCUCCUCGUGCCCGCCCUGCAACCAGCCCGGAGGGACUCUGAGGAGCAGGGCACGGGCCCUCCGGCGCCAGGAGGGGACGGGGCCGCCCUAGGCCAGGCAGACGUGCGCUCGGAAUCUCAGGUGCAUCUGAUGGUCGGUGAGUCCCGGAGCCGAGCAGCCUCGCCUGACGAUGCGUGUUGGACGGGCCACAGGCCUGAUGCCGGAAUGCGGUCACGGGCCGAUGGCGACCUGCCCGGGGGGAGUCCCAACCCAGAAGACGGCCAGGGCCCCGCGCCGGCCUGCACUGACGUGGCGUCUAGCGAUAAGCUCCCCUGCACAGCCGAGCCCACGGUGGUCCUUAGUGGGAGUGGGCGCGUCCCAGAUCACCCUGAAUCCGACAGAACUCUGCCGAGCAAAGGGGCAGCACGGGGGAGUCGUCCAAACUCUCCAGACAAAGCAGCGCUCCACGAGUCAAGAGCUCUAGGGAGGGGAGCAGACCCAGAGGGUAAGACGGGGCUGCCGAGUCUGAAGCUCUUCCCCAGUGACCCUUGUGAGCCCCGGAACCCUACUUGGAGGGAUCCCCUGGAGGUCAGGGGUUCCCCGAAGGCCUCCCACGCCGAGGAGCAGGAGGGAGCGUCGGUGCUGUCGGGCGUCAUCAAGAGAUCUUCCUCCAUCAUCUCCGACUCCGGCAUUGAGAGUGAACCAAGCUCCGUGGUCUGGUCCGAGGCCCGAAGCAGGGCCCUGGAGCUGCCCGGCGACCGGGAGGUCCUGCACCUGCUGGUCCGCAGACACGCCCAGCACAGGGACUCCCUGGAGGGACACACGGAGAGCAACACCAGCUUGCCCAGCGGGACCCAGGCCUCCCUCACCUCCAUCAGCUCUUUGCCCUUUGAGGAGGAGGAGCGGGAGUUGGCGCUCACCAAACUGACCAAGUCGGUGUCAGCACCCCAGAUCAGCAGCCCAGAGGAGUCUGCCGAGGACGCGGGCACCACGCGGCGAGAGGGCGGCCCCGCUGGAGCUCCAGCCGGGCACCCCCAGAGCACGGAACCCCCGGGACACUGCAGCCGGCCCAGGAGUGGGGGCUCUGGAGCCCAGGACACUGGGGCCAACCGUGCCCUCGUGGGGCUGACUUCAGGUGCUGACAGCCAGCAGGGCCCUGGUUACACAGACGUCCCCAAAGACAAAGAGCUUCACCUGGAUCCUCCAGGACCCUGUUGUCUUGACAGCAGGGCUGAGAGCCCUCCGGGCGUUGAAACCAAAGGUCUUAAUUUAAAAACACCACUUGGCACAGCGCUGGACAGCCCUGGGAGCAGAGCCUUUCCCGGGGCAGGGAUGGAGACCCCCGAGGGCACGGCCCAGGCCCUGACUGUGGGGGGAGGGGCUCUUUCCAACAGCCACAGCUCAGCGGUCGAGAGCCUUGCUGGCCAGAAGGUGCUGGACCUGAGCGGUACGUCAGCGGGUGAGACCAUGGACCUGGAUGCCACAGGGGAGGGGAGCAGCCCUCCUUGCGUGGCGGAGGAGACGGCACCAGGCAGAGGGGCGGACGCCCUCCGGGACGUGGGACCUCAGGCAGGCACGGUGGGCUCCGCUGUGCCUCACGCCACUCACUCCCAGGUUCUGGGACCCCAAGAGCCCAGGGCAGGCGCUUCCAUCACGGGGUCCCCCCUGAGUCCUGCAGAGACCUUCUCUUCGGACAGUCUGAAGGCCGUGGAGGUCGUCAACUUAUCCGUGUCCUGUACGGCCACGUGCCUCCCGUUCUCGUCUGUGCCCAAAGAGACCCCUGCCAGGGCUGGCUUCUCCUCCAGACAGACCCCCUUCCCCAUCACGCAUCAACCGCUGGGUUCCUUUGGGGUUGUCUCCACCCAUUCCAGCCAGCUGGAGGACGAGGUCAGCGAGAGGAUGUUCAGUUUCUAUCAGGCCAAAGAAAAAUUUAAAAAAGAACUGAAGAUUGACGGAUUUCUGUACAGUGACCUGUCUGUACUCGCCUCUGACACACCGUAUUUCCCACCAGAGGAAGAGGAGGAGAAUUUGGAAGACGGGAUUCACCUGGUGGUCUGUGUCCAUGGCCUGGACGGCAACAGUGCAGACCUCAGGCUGGUGAAGACUUUCAUAGAACUGGGGCUCCCUGGCGGCAAACUGGACUUCCUCAUGUCCGAGAAGAAUCAGAUGGACACGUUUGCAGAUUUCGACACCAUGACGGAUCGGUUGUUGGAUGAGAUCAUUCAGCACAUUCAACUCUACAACCUCUCCAUAUCCCGCAUCAGCUUCAUCGGCCAUUCUCUCGGCAACAUCAUCAUCCGAUCGGUCCUGACGAGGCCCCGGUUCCGGUAUUACCUCAGCAAACUUCACACGUUCCUGUCGCUGUCCGGGCCUCACCUGGGGACCCUGUACAACAGCAGCACCCUGGUCAGCACAGGCCUGUGGCUCAUGCAGAAAUUGAAGAAGUCUGGCUCCCUCCUGCAGCUGACCUUCAGGGAUAACACUGACCUUCGCAAGUGUUUCCUCUACCAACUCAGCCAGAAGACGGGUCUGCAGUAUUUCAAAAACGUCGUGCUGGUGGCCUCGCCCCAAGACCGCUACGUGCCGUUUCACUCCGCCAGGAUCGAGAUGUGCAAGACCGCCCUCAAGGACAGGCACACGGGGCCCGUGUACGCGGAGAUGAUCAACAACCUGCUGAGCCCGCUGCUGGGCGCCAAGGACUGCACGCUCGUCCGCCACAACGUGUUCCACGCGCUGCCCAACACGGCCAACGCGCUCAUCGGCCGCGCCGCCCACAUCGCCGUGCUGGACUCCGAGCUCUUCCUGGAGAAGUUCUUCCUGGUGGUGGGGCUCAACUACUUCAAGUAG